CGGCGAUUGGCGAUAUUUAAAUUUGAAUGACCUCUAACGACACUGGGAAUUUCUGAUCCAACUUUAAAGGUGACUGGGACUUCUCUGGAGCUUCCUCUUUCUGCCUAUACUUGUCAUGUACUGCUGGGCAUCUGCCGGAGCUGACUACUUAAACUUGAAAGCUGCAGCGGAUUAUUAGUGAAAGCCAUCAGUCAGGAGCACAUUGGAGGGAUGCUGAGGACAGCCAUGGGUUCAUUGGACGAGAGAGACGAGGAACAAGAGGAUGAAGGGGAAGAGGACAUGCGGGAUGGAGGGGUGCCCUUCUAUGUCAAUAGAGGAGGCUUCCCCUUGGACGAGGAGACUUGGGAGAGGAUGUGGCGACAUGUGGCCCGGAUUCACCCCACGGGAGAGGAUUUAGGCAAGAGCAUCCGGGGUGCCACUGACCUGCCUAAGAUUCCAAUACCAAGUGUGCCUACAUACCAGCCUACCACCACCAUCUCACAGCGCCUGGAAGCCAUACAGAAGUACAUCAGGGAUUUGCAGUACAAUCACACUGGAACACAAUUUUUUGAAAUCAAGAAGAGCCGCCCUUUAACUGCGUUAAUGGACAUUGCUAAGGAGAUGACACGUGAGGCCCUGCCAAUCAAGUGUCUGGAGGCUGUAAUUCUAGGAAUUUAUCUCACCAACAACAUGCCUGGAGUGGAGCGCUUCCCUCUCAGCUUUAAGUCCCAGUUCUCAGGGAACCACUUCCACCACAUUGUGCUAGGCGUCCACAGCGGGGGCCGGUUCGGAGCUCUGGGAAUGAGCCGCAGGGAUGAGCUCAUGUUUAAGCCGCUGGAGUUCCGAACCCUCAUGGACUUGGUGCAGGAGUUCCAAGGGGCCUACAAGGGCUACUGGCACACACUGCGUAAGGUCAGGAUAGGCCAGUAUGUGUCACAUGACCCACACAGUGUGGAGCAGAUCGAAUGGAAACACUCCAUCCUGGACCUAGACAAGCUGAGCAAAGAGGAGCUGAGGAGAGAGCUGGAGAGGCACACACGGGACAUGAGGCUCAAGAUCGGAAAGCCUCCUCCGUCACCCACCAAAGACAGGAGAAACAGCAUGGGUUCUCCCCUCAAAGGUCCAGGCAGUCCCAUGCGCAGGAUAAGCAGAGUGGAGAGACGUCCUUCAGCCGAGAAGAAGGUUUUGGAUCAGCAAUCUUCUGGGGACAUCAAUGCUUACCAGAUUCGUGUUUAAAAGCAUAAACAGUAUCUCAAUUUAGAAUAUCUGCCCUUAUUUUUUAAAGAAAGUCCAAUUUUUUUGCACAUUGGCUUAUUCUCAAGGCACUGUUUUGAAUAGGUCACCAGCAAGCCUAUCCUCUGCGACAAAAUGGUUGAGUCUGUCUGUUUUUUAACACAUUUCCGAGAGGGAAAAGACACAAAUGUACCAACCAUUCAGUGUUAAUGUUUUUCUAGAUGUUUCUCCUUCAAAUAUAAGCUCCAAUAUCUCCUCUGCAAUGCGAACCUCUUUGGUUUACAGUUAGUGUGAACAAAAUGAUUUAAUGUUUUUCUGAUCAACUGCUCAUUUAGUAGUCAGUAAACCCCUGUGCCUUGAACUUUUGAAGGAGAUAAAGGACCUUCUGUAGAUGCAUUUGACAAUUUAGAAUUACAAAGAUAAACAAUGUGAAAAGACAAUGUCACUUUGUUUUUUGUAGCCCAGAUAUUGAUAAAAUAAAUGCAUUCUGUACUGUUAGUUUUUAAUGCUUAUUUAAAAUCAGCGAAUGAUUUGUUCCUUGCCCUAAGUGGUAUCAUGGUAUCAGUUUAGUGGUGCUAUGCUUUUGUCAACUUGUAUAUUUUUUAU